AAUCCUUUUAAUGUCUGACACUUUGCUCUGUCAAUACACAAAAUCGAGCAUUUCGGCAUCCCGAACCUGGAGAAGAGAUGGAGGGUGCAUUGCUUCGAAAUGCGAAAUUGGGGGUGUCCUUAUUAGAGUUUAUUAUGGGGAUGGAGACUGUGAUGGUGUUCGCACAGACUUGGGGUCGGCAUCGGCAGCCCGUGACACCCAACCAGUCCUUUUCUUUUUUUCAAAAGUUGGGUAUUUCUCUCAGGUAAAGAGAUUUUUUUUUUUUUUAAUCAAAGGGGGUGGGAGGGGAUGGCGAGUAGGGUGUGGGGGUGUCCGCUUUUGUUCUGCAGAAAAAGGGGGCUUGUUCUUUGCAGAUCAGCCUGACAUUUUAACCAGGAGUACAGCGCCAAGUGAGACGCUUGACAGCGGUGUGGGAUGGAAGUAGACAGUGCGGAGAAGGAGCGUCCCGUGUGCAGUUCUCCCACAGCCGAGUGGAUCAGGGUUCCCGAACCUCUCCGAAACCAGUGACGAGACCGAGCAAGAGCAGGAUCACCCACACCUGGACGUCCGGAGGACCACGGGGAUUGCAGGCGGAGAGGGGGUGGGGGGAGUCUGACAUUAGGGAUGAAUUUCUAAGACUCCCGGUUUAAAAAAAAAAUAGAUAAUGAAAAUAGAUUAACUAAACCACGCAGUGCCCUUUUCAACAAUUCAACGCUCAGAUCAGCUUCUGCAAGUACACUUAAGAGUUUUACCUUCAUUCUAAUUCAAACGACCAGUUGAAGUCAUUCAUCAACUUUAACCGUAUGGUGUGCUCAGAGGAGCAGCAGCGGACUGUCCGUUUGACAUUGAUGUGGUCAAAAACAAGUCUGCCGUGUGUCCGUGAGCCCUUACCACGACAUCUGAGUUUUGGAUUUUUAUUAAAUCAUUUGGAGCUUGAUUUCCCUCAAGAACCGCUGGACUGAAAUUACUGAAAAGUAUAAUCUUUGAAUUUCCUAAGAAGAGCUUUUCGCCUCCAUCCAACAUGCGACCCGCAUCGAGAUGCAGCUACGUGUUCAUACACAUGUUCGCAUUCUUCUUCUACGCUCAGGUAACCAAUCAGUCCCCGCCUAAUUUCACGCAGCAUGUAAGCGCGCAGAGCAAAGUGACAGACCGCGUGAGCCGCAGGUUGAUCCGGAUCUACCAGCUGUACAGUCGAACCAGUGGAAAGCAUGUGCAGGUCCUGCCCAACAAGAAGAUCAACGCCAUGGCUGAAGACGGAGAUCUGCACGCCAAGCUAAUUGUGGAGACAGACACAUUUGGAAGCCGUGUGCGUAUCAAGGGAGCCGAGACUGGCCUCUACAUUUGCAUGACCAAGAGAGGAAAGCUCAUUGGCAAGAAAAAUGGACAAGGCCGUGAUUGUAUCUUCACUGAGAUUGUGUUGGAGAACAACUACACCGCCCUGAGGAAUGCCCGGUAUGAGGGAUGGUAUAUGGCCUUCACCCGUCGAGGACGUCCACGAAAAGGCUCGCGGACACGGCAGCACCAGCGUGAGGUCCAUUUUAUGAAGAGACUGCCAAGGGGUCAGCAGCCUGCACAUCCCAGCCACCACCGACCAUUUGACUUCAUUCACUACCCCUUCAACCAAAGGACUAAACGUACGCAGUUCUCAUCUGAGCGCUGAGGAACAGAAGUUGGAAAAAGGUGGUGAGGCAGAAGAGAAACAAACAGACUGGUAGUUUCAUCAGCCGUAGAUUCAGCGCUCUCUUCUGCGUCUCUUAACUGAGCAAUAUUCUCAAUGUGUCGGUGCUGAAUUAUUUUUUCGGAGAGGAAGACUGUAAAUAGACAAAAAUAAGAACUCUAUUUUUCUACAUCAGAUUUCUAAAUCCGGACUGUAAAAUUAAAAAAAAAAAAAAAA